GGAGGAGAAGAAGCACAGCAGCAGCGGCGGUAGCGGUUAGUGUCGCCAUUUGUGUGCAGCGCUUCAGCGACCAUGUUCACAUGAAAUUAAACCGGUAUCUCGAACUCGAUGAGCCGGUCGUGUGUUCGAUAUAUGAGCCGUUGAAUCUCGGUGUACUCCGUGCGGAUUGUCAGUCUUGUGUACUUAGUUUUGAGAGAAUAAAACCCACAGCCGCUCCGUUAGCAUCUCCGGCUAAAUCCACACAAACGGCUUCUUCCGCCAGUGGGGACGGAUUUGGAGGAAAACUUCGCGGUUCCCUUUCACGUUUUCUCUCUUGUUUUAAACCUCAAUACCGCGCGUCGUUGGUUGAUACUUCGUCAUUAAUGUUUGCUGAUUAAAUACCCGUGUUGUUAGCUCAGCUAACGUUGAGUUACACCCCUUCCUCCUCUGGCGUUAACGUGACCAGUUCGGGAGGGUCAGGUUAGCUGAUGGGAAUAAAACACUCUUCAGAGCAAACGAAGCUCGGUUAAGCUUUAAUAUUCUGUCUCCAGCCGUGUCUCUCCGUAGUGGAUACUAGGUUAACUAUUGGAUAUUGGUUUUCUGUCUACUGGGAGUUAAGCUGGCGAUACCUCGGAGCUUCAGCUGAACACAUAAUCUGCCUCCCACCCUUGUGGUGCGAGCAAACCAGACUGCCCUUGUAGCCGGAGGUUGUGGAUAGAGUCGGUCAAACAUCAGUGAUGUCAGAGGGAGAAGGCAAACAGACCACUGCUCCUGCUCCAGCGUCCACCAUGGAUGUGAAGCCCGAGUCAGCAGCCUCGGCCCCUGCUGGUCAGGGCGUCUCCUCCGUGUCUCCUCCAGUGUCCACAGUAACACAGUCUCCACCGGCGGCCACUACAGCAACUGAGGACGAGGAGGAGGAGAGCGAAGAUGAGUCUGAGAUUCUGGAGGAGAGCCCAUGUGGACGCUGGCAGAAACGCAGAGAGGAGGUUAACCAGCGUAAUGUUCCAGGCAUUGACAACGCCUACUUGGCCAUGGACACAGAGGAGGGUGUGGAGGUGGUGUGGAAUGAAGUCAUGUUUUCUGAAAGGAAAAAUUUCAAACUGCAGGAGGAAAAAGUGAAAGCAGUCUUUGAUAACUUGAUUCAGCUGGAGCAUUUGAAUAUUGUGAAGUUUCACAAGUACUGGGCUGAUGUGAAGGAGAACAGAGCCAGGGUUAUUUUUAUAACAGAGUACAUGUCCUCAGGGAGUCUGAAGCAGUUUUUGAAAAAGACAAAGAAAAAUCACAAGACUAUGAAUGAAAAGGCAUGGAAGCGUUGGUGUACUCAAAUAUUAUCUGCUUUAAGUUAUCUGCACUCAUGUGAACCCCCCAUCAUCCAUGGCAACCUGACUUGUGACACCAUCUUCAUACAGCACAAUGGCCUUAUCAAAAUUGGCUCAGUUGCGCCGGACACCAUUAAUAACCAUGUUAAAACAUGUCGGGAAGAACCGAAGAGUUUGCAUUUCUUUGCACCAGAAUAUGGAGCUGUUGGCAGUGUCACCACAGCCGUUGACAUUUAUUCCUUUGGAAUGUGCGCCUUAGAGAUGGCUGUCCUUGAAAUCCAGAGUAAUGGAGAGUCGUCAUAUGUUUCACAAGAAGCCAUUAACAGUGCCAUUCUGUCCUUGGAGGACCCCCUACAGAGGGAGUUCAUUCAGAAGUGUCUAGAAGGGGACCCUAGUAAGAGACCCACUGCCAGAGAGUUGCUUUUCCACCAGGCUCUCUUUGAGGUGCCUCUCCUAAAGCUACUGGCAGCGCACUGCAUCGUCAGCCACCAACACAUGAUUCCUGAAAAUGCUCUAGAAGAAAUUACUAAGAACAUGGACCCUAAUUUGGUGAUCGUGGAGAGGAAGGAAGUGCAGUUGAAGCUCUCCCAAUUCCCUGCUCUGGAACUUGACAAGUUCCUUGAAGAUGUGAGGAAUGGGAUCUAUCCACUGACAGCAUUUGGCGUGCCCUGCCCACAGCAGCCCCAGCAAGAAGCAGUGAAAUCCCCCAUUGUGCCACCCUCUGUCAAGACGCCUACUCCAGAACCAGCGGAACUUGAGACCAGAAAGGUGCUUCAAAUGCAGUGUAACAUUGAGCCUGUGGAGGAAGGGGCGAAGCAUCAUUUGACCUUACUGCUUAAACUGGAAGAUAAGCUGAAUAGACACUUGAGUUGUGAUUUGGCACCAAAUGAGAAUGUGCAGGAGUUGGCUGUGGAGUUGGUCCAGCUUGGUUUCAUCAGUGAGGGCGAUCAGCCUCGUCUCACCACUGUGCUGGAGGAGGCCUUCUCGAAGUUCUACAGCCGGAACGGCUCUCUGAAUCCCGUUACCGUUUCCUCAUAGCGGAGGGUGGGUUGCUGCUGUUUUCUCCACUGCUCCUCAUGCUCACGCUCGGGACGGGACUAGUGCUUCAACGGACUGGGUGAAAGCUUUGCAGGAAUGGAUCAGAAGACCUUGACUCGCGUUCAAAUAAGAAAACAAAAAAAAGCAAAAAACAAUUCCUGCGCUCUGUUUUUCACGCCGCUGUAGGUGACAACUGUUGCCUGAUGUUUGUGUACAUUUAUUCUCUGUGUAGCUGUCUGCUUCAAAAGAAGAAAAAUGUUAUUUAAGUCAGUAUUACAAGCUGUUUUUUUUGGGGGGGGGGGCAUUUUUACCUGUGGGAUGGGUCUUUCUUUUCUCUUUUUUGAUGCACAUAGUGUGCAUGUCCUUGCAUCAAAUAUGAAUCAGUCUCUUGUCCUACCUACCCAGAGUCUUCUCUUAUUUAAAUGAGAAGUGGCCCACCAUUUAUGGCUUUAACUAGUUCUCAUGAAGUAGAAACUAUGAGCUGGUUGUUGUUAUCUUUCCUUUUAAAGGUGCGCUAAUUUUAAUAUUGGUCCUUUCCCCACAGUUUGGCCAUAAAUCUGCAAGCAUUAAUUGAGUAGCACUAAACCAGCAUGUGACCCCUAUGUUUCUGUUAUGGCUGUUCAGUAACGAUUUACAAAUGGUACGAAUAUGUUUAUUCUGUUACAUACACGUUACAAAAGUGUGCAGAUGAUGAAGGGCGAUUGAUCUCUAGACCUUCAUCCGAAAGAGUCCACCUUGUGAUAUUAAUUAGUAAGAAUCACAGGCUCUCGGGAAUGCAAAGGAAAAUCUUAAUUGGAGCACCUUUUAAGGUAAACAGUAACUGUGGCUCAAUGCAAUGCAACAUUUACUUAAGCCAAUACUGUGAAAGGAUGGGGCCGUCAGUGUUUGGGUGGGGGAAAAAUGCAGAUUAUUUAUCUACAUUAUAUAUGUAAGGACUAUCUUAAAGCGUGUUUCACUCUCAACGUUGUGGCAACUAUUUGUGAAUGUAUGCUCUCGUUUGCUGUAUAGUUUUUCAUCCAAAUGGUGUGUGAGGGAAGGGCACUUGGUUUGACCAUUUUUACUCCCCUUGUAUAUUACAAAUGAGUUUUGAUAGAUUACUAAUCUACACCGUAUAUGAUUUGUUAAUAUGUGCCUUCUGUAGACGAAGAAAAGACACAAUCUCCUUGUUUAGAUGGCAGUUCAACCCUUUUUAUGACUCUUUAUUUGCUGGUUACUGAUGUACGUUUUCGUUUGUUCAUUACUUAAUGGACAUCGGCUCACAUGCAUGUAUAAAUAUCUAAGUUGAUCGAUCUUUAAAGAUGUCAUUCUGCAUUUGAGUGCAGAGCCUGCUUUUUUUGCCUUGUAACGGUCAGAGUGAGUCUGUUUAUCAGGUUCAAAUCAGUGUUUUUGGAAAUGGAAUCUACUGAACUUGGAACUGCAGGUGGUCAUGCAUGUAACGGUUUUCCAGUAGUGGUUAUUGUUGAUAUUUGAGAAGGUAAAAAGGUCAACACCUAGAUCUUCACUUAUCUAUUGGCUCUAGCGUUCUGCUGGGUUGCACACUUCUGAUCCCACCCCCCCACAAACACAUUGUAUAUUAAAAUAUGAUUGUGAUGGGCUUCUGAGCAUCUGAUUUGAAUCCACUUUGACUAUAAGCUGCUUCUCACCAAUUCAAAGUUUCCCAAAUUAAAUGAGGACUGAAAUGACUGACUGAUUUUUAAAGCAGAUUCAUCAUAUGCUCUAUUCCCAUUUUUACUGUGAUGGUGUGUUGUUUUUUUUUCAUUGUGGUCACUGUAAGAAAACUUUGAAACUUCCCCAAUUUAAAGUGUUUACUUGACCAGUCAGACAGAUGAGCCAAUUGCAGUUCAUUUUCUCAAGUGAUGGUAGAGGUAAGAACUUAGUAAAAUAUUGUCCUGUAAAUAGCAAACAUUAAAAUGAGCCCUCAGUAUGUUUGUUUUUUUUUUUGUUUUUUUUUUUUAUUUAACUGAAUUGAUGAGUUGUCAAAAAGCACCACGAUUUCUUACUGUUUCUUUAUAGAAAUUCUUUAUUGUUCUUGCGUAUAAAAGAAUGUGACGGGUGGGUGGGGUAGGAUGUUUUUAGGGCCGCCAAACAUUUGAAAAUGGCCUUGUAUUUAGAGAUUUUAAGCAACUUGCUAAAGAAAUACAGAUCGACAGAUACUCUUAUGGACUUAUAAGUUUACACACUUGCUUUACGAUUGGGAACCACUUCAGGAAACCACACCCUGAAAAAAUAAAUUACUGACCAUGUUAUGACAAGCAAGACUUUGUUCAGAAGCUCACCACAUUCACUCUUUUCUUUUGUGCACCAGCCAAACACCUGAAAUGAGAUGGGUUGACAAUAUUUCUUGUGAACCUAAGCGAUGGAUGUUGAUGUCAAAGUUUGUAGUGCCGCUGUCCAGUUUUGGAAACCUUGACAAUGGUGAACACACUUAAUCUCAGAACAAUCCUCAUUAUCUUUUCUCUCACACAAGACUGUAAGUAGCUUGUAACUGCUUUGACAACACAAUUCCUCUUCUGUAUCUUUUUAAAGUUGCACCAUUUCUUGAUAUAAAGAUGACACUUGGAGCACUUCUG